ACCCAGUCUCCAUCUGGAAUUUCUAUUCCCAUUCAAAGACGUAUCUCAUCCUCUCUAUUUCUCUUACCCUUUCCCAUUCGCAUAAUAAAUAAACAAUACGUAAUAUAAAGUGCCGGAUCUGAAUUUUUCGUCGCGUGUUUCGUGUAUCUUCUAUAUAUCCGAUUUCUGAUUCGGAUUUCCGAUUUGAAUCUGCAAUAGAUCGAGAAAUGGGGGACGGUGACAUUGAAGGCGGUGGCGGCGAUGACGGUUUUCGUUCACCGAUUGGUCGCCAGUAUCGCCCUGUCUUGGCCAACGAUCGUGCGGUGCUCGAGAUGUCUUCCAUCGAUCCUGGAUCUUCUUCUUCUUCUUCCUCUGCUGCCGUGCAAGAUCAUCCUCCGAAUCUCAGAAAAGUGAAUGUAAGUGCGAAUGGGAGUUCGGAUGCCAGAGAGGGGAACGCUUCGCAUCAAUCACAACCUAACGGAUCACAGCAGCAGGAUUCUAAAUUGGAGUUGUUCGGUUUUGAUUCUCUUGUCAACAUUCUUGGUCUCAAGAGUAUGACUGGGGAGCACGUUGCACAACCAUCUAGUCCUAGAGAAGGUGAGGAUAUAUCCAUCACUGCUGGGCUGCCAAAGCCUGCUGCUCCCAAACUGGGUACAAUGAUGGGUGUAUUCAUUCCAUGUAUACAAAGCAUUUUGGGCAUCAUCUACUACAUUCGUUUCUCUUGAUGGAUAGAUGAAGAUUGAGUAGAUAGAUGCACCUCGGAUCACUCAUAAUCUGAUUUUGGCUACAUGUAAGUGGAAACUCCUAAGUGUUAUGAUUAUGCUCACCCACAAACCACAAGUUGGACUCUUAGACCUUAUGGAACAUUUGCCUUCACAAACUCGAAGAAGGGGAAACUCUUGAAUCUCAUGAUUAUGAGCUCACCCAUGGACCAAAGGAUUGUUGGUAUGGCUGGAAUAGGAGAGACAUUGUUGCUUGUUGCUUUAUGUGGUACUUGUACAUUUCUUACUUCAAUAUCAUUGAGUGCUAUUGCAACCAAUGGUGCCAUGAAGGGUGGGGGACCAUACUAUCUCAUAGGUCGUGCCCUUGGUCCAGAAGUUGGAGUUAGCAUUGGUUUAUGCUUCUUCCUUGGAAAUGCUGUUGCUGGAGCACUUUAUGUCUUGGGAGCUGUAGAAACAUUUUUGAAAGCGGUUCCUUCUGCUGGGAUCUUUAGAGAGACUAUCACACAUGUUAAUGGUACUGCAAUUGCACAACCGAUACAGAGUCCAAGUUCUCAUGACCUGCAAAUUUAUGGGAUUGUUGUGACUAUUCUGUUAUGCUUUAUUGUAUUUGGAGGGGUAAAGAUGAUAAAUCGGGUUGCACCUGCUUUUCUCAUACCUGUUUUAUUCUCAGUCGUCUGCAUAUUCUUGGGAAUUCUUUUGGCAAGGAAGGAUCAUCCUUCAGAGGGAAUUACUGGGUUGAGUUCAGAGACAUUUAAAGAAAAUUGGAGUUCAGAUUAUCAAAAAACUAAUGAUGCUGGAAUUCCAGAAACUGAUGGCUCAGUAAGCUGGAAUUUCAAUUCAUUGGUAGGCCUCUUUUUCCCAGCUGUGACAGGAAUAAUGGCAGGCUCUAAUCGAUCAUCCUCUCUGAAAGAUACUCAGCGAUCAAUUCCUGUUGGAACUUUAGCUGCAACUCUUGUAACUACUACUCUGUAUCUUGUUUCUUUGAUGUUGUUUGGUGCUGUUGCCAACAGACAGAAGCUAUUAACUGACAGGCUACUUACAGCUACAAUUGCUUGGCCUUUUCCUUCAUUAAUUAAAAUCGGGAUUAUUCUUUCAACAAUGGGUGCUGCUCUUCAGAGCCUGACUGGUGCCCCACGCCUGCUUGCAGCAAUAGCCAAUGACGAUAUUUUACCUAUAUUGAACUACUUUAAAGUUGCAGAUGGCAGUGAGCCGCAUGUUGCUACCCUUUUUACCGCCUUCCUAUGCAUUGGGUGUGUCGUUAUUGGGAACCUGGAUCUUAUCACUCCAACUGUAACUAUGUUUUUCCUUCUAUGUUACACUGGUGUCAACUUAUCCUGCUUCCUUCUUGAUCUUCUAGAUGCCCCUAGUUGGCGUCCUCGUUGGAAAUUUCACCAUUGGAGUUUAUCGCUUGUGGGAGCGUUGCUUUGCAUAGUGAUCAUGUUCCUAAUCUCUUGGUCAUUCACAGUGGUGUCUUUGGGCCUUGCAAGCCUCAUAUAUAAGUACGUGAGCAUUAAAGGAAAGGCUGGGGACUGGGGAGAUGGUUUCAAAAGUGCUUAUUUCCAACUAGCACUUCGGAGCCUUCGGUCACUAGGAGCAAGUCAAGUGCACCCAAAGAAUUGGUAUCCAAUUCCACUAGUAUUUUGCCGACCAUGGGGCAAACUGCCAGAAAAUGUUCCCUGUCAUCCCAAACUUGCUGACUUUGCUAACUGUAUGAAGAAGAAAGGUCGAGGAAUGUCCAUAUUUGUCUCUAUACUAGAUGGGGAUUAUCAUGAAUGUGCUGAAGAUGCCAAGGCUGCUUGUAAACAACUUAGCACCUACAUUGAUUACAAGAAUUGUGAAGGUGUGGCUGAGAUUGUUGUAGCACCUAAUAUGGCUGAAGGGUUUCGUGGCAUUGUUCAGACAAUGGGCCUUGGAAAUCUCAAGCCAAACAUUGUGGUGAUGCGUUACCCAGAAAUCUGGCGUCGGGAAAACUUAACAGAAAUCCCUGCCACCUUUGUUGGGAUAAUUAACGAUUGCAUAGUUGCAAACAAGGCUGUAGUUAUAGUGAAAGGUCUUGACGAAUGGCCAAAUGAGUACCAGAGGCAGUAUGGCACAAUUGAUUUGUAUUGGAUUGUAAGAGAUGGCGGUCUAAUGCUGCUUCUCUCUCAGCUUCUUCUUACCAAGGCGAGCUUUGAGAAUUGCAAGAUUCAGGUCUUCUGUAUUGCAGAAGAGGAUGGAGAUGCAGAGGGGCUGAAAGCUGAUGUGAAAAAGUUCCUUUAUGAUCUUCGGAUGCAAGCAGAAGUCUUUGUCAUAACAAUGAAAUGGGACGGGCAGAUGGAUGGUGGAUCACCACAAGAUGAGUCAUUGGAAGCAUUUACUAGUGCUCAGCAAAGAAUUGCUGAUUACUUAAACCAAAUGAAGGCGACGGCUGAGAGAGAAGGUUCUCCUUUAAUGGCAGAUGGUAAGUCCGUGGUUGUGAACGAGAAGCAGGUUGAGAAAUUUCUUUACACAACGCUUAAGCUCAAUUCAACAAUUUUGAGAUACUCCAGAAUGGCUGCUGUUGUAUUGGUAAGUCUACCUCCACCUCCAGUGAGCCACCCAGCAUAUUUCUACAUGGAGUACAUGGAUCUGUUGCUGGAGAAUGUACCAAGGAUUUUGAUUGUAAGAGGAUAUCGUAGAGAUGUUGUAACUCUGUUCACAUAGUUUGAAGUGGAUUCUAGGCUAAUCACAUUUAUCUCUCGCUGUUUAUAUUUUUGUAGCUUACAUGCAAUGUUUCAUUCAUUGUACCAAUUUUCUUGCUGAAGAGGAUCUUUUGUAUCCAUAAGAUGUUAUAGAAAAAUGUGAAAUUAUUUU